AUAGAUAAUAUUUAUUAACCAUAGACCUAUUUAACACACUUAAUGUCAAAAAUCAAUCAAAUGUCAAAGUCUUACGACAUUUGAAAUGGAAAGUAAACAAGCCAUAAAUAUAAUUUUCAUCCGAAAAUGUCUUCUAGUUUACAUGUAAUUUCAAAACCUGAACUCAUAUAAUUACAGUUGAAAUCUCUUUGCUCGUGAGGCGAAUACAUGUGUGACGGAAACAACACAAGCUGCAAGGUCGUCACCGCUGCCGCUCGUCACUUUCACUUUGCCGAACGAUUUAUUUCUUCAAAGCCACGUCGUACAGCGACAAUCCUGUAAUUAAAUAGAAUCGGUAUCGGCAAGUAUAAAAUAGAAAUGUCUGUUUGAAUACUCAAAUAAAUUAAAAAAAAACCACAAAAUGGGCAUGGAAAAGAACGGAAAUGCGGAAGGGAAACUCUCCGAAUACCUUUACCCUCCGGAGAUAUUAAAAAGACUGGAUUUCAGUAAGAGUCCGGCAAAGUUUCAUCCUAAAAUCAGUGCUGUUGACCCCGGCGAGGAUUGGAUGAUUGUGAGGCCUUUACAACGCUCUGAUUACGAUAAGGGUUUCCUGCAGCUCCUCAGUCAACUAACAAGCGUGGGAAAUAUUACGAGAAAACAGUAUGAUGACCGUUUCACUAAGAUGAAACACUCGGGCGGUUACUAUGUGACCGUAAUAGAGGACACGCGCAUUAAUAAACUCAUAGGUGCAGCAACGCUGACCAUCGAACAGAAAUUCAUCCACAACUGCUCUUUGCGCGGCCGUUUAGAAGACGUCGUAGUUAAUGACACUUACAGAGGAAAGCAACUUGGUAAAUUAAUUGUGGUAACCGUAUCGCUUCUCGCUCAAGAGCUGGGAUGCUAUAAAAUGUCUCUCGACUGUAAGGAUAAAUUAAUAAAAUUUUACGAGACGCUAGGAUAUAAGAUGGAGCCUGGGAAUUCUAACGCUAUGAACAUGAGGUUCGAUGAACCCUCUUGACAAUUAGCCGCUGGGACAUCCGACAUGCGCUCCAAACUGAAUUCAAUUAUUAUCGCAGACAAUAAUUGUUUUGAAGACUAAAAGCGAUGAUUUGUGAAUUAUUUUUUGAUGGGGUGUCCGAUCGGCCAUGGAUGUCCUAGCACGUAAUAAAUAUUGUAUCUAAGCUUUGCUAUUUCUUUCAACUAAUAAACGAUAUGGAAAUCACAAAUCUUUCAUGUGUUCAAGUUGUAAAAAUAUAUGAAGACUAGUGAGGUACAUAAUAAUAGAUACGUACCUGUUAAUAAUAUUACGUAUUCUCUUAAGGAUUUGUGUUCAGUUUAUAUGUAAACAAUAAUUGUACCCGUACUUUUUCUUUUCGAAGCAUAAAAUGCUUUGUUUGUACUUAAAUCGUAACUAACAUAAAAUACAUUGCGUAAUGAAUUAUGUACUAAUCCUUUUUUUAUUAAGUAAAAUUUAAUGCUUAUUAAAACAAUAAAAUAUG